AUUGGCAUUUAUAUAUUGGUCUUUCGACGUUCUUCUCAUACAGUUGCACACCGUUUUUUGUGCUGUGAGGAUGAUAUCGAAAAUCUGCUUCGUACUUUUGCUGGCAUUCCCUGCCAGUUUCGCCAAUGUCGAGUGUCCGAAUAUCAUUGGCAGAAACGAAUGGACUAGCAACGCUGCCGCUGGUGAUGUCAAUUAUUUAAUAGCACCGAUACCUUACGUGAUAAUACAGCAUACAGUCACCCCCGAAUGUGAUUCGCGUGAGGACUGCACAGCUAGAGUUGACAACAUUCGCGGUGUUCAUAUGGAUAUAAAUAAUUGGGAUGACAUCGGUUAUUCUUUCGUGAUCGGCGGUGAUGGAAACGUAUACGAGGGAGUCGGAUGGAUAGUCGAAGGAGCACAUACGUAUGGAUAUAACAAAAAAUCUAUCGGUAUAGCUUUCAUCGGGAAUUUUCAGAACAAAGAUGCCCCCCAGAGAAUGUUAAACAUCGCACAUCAAUUAAUCGAGUGUGGAAAAUCCCAAGGUAUCCUUCGAAAUAGUGUACGAGUGCUCGGUGCACGACAGGUGACUUCAACAGCCAGCCCUGGAGCUCAUCUCUUCAGGCAAAUUAAAGAUUGGCCUGAAUGGAGGAACGAGCCUUAGACGGGCGUUUCGGAAGUGGGUGCUUUCGAUUAAAUCGAGAUACUUAAGUUUCGAACAAAAUAUUCUUAAUUGUUUGUUAUCUGUGAGCAAUAAAGUUAUAAAAUACGAAUUCAUUCUCUGCUUCUAUAAUAGAGCUUGAGUUUUUUUUUUAAACAAGAUUUUUGGGGAAACUUCGCUAUUAUUGUCGUAGAGAUUAUCGUUUAUAUUAAUCUGUGCAAUCUCAUUAGGAUUAUGGAGAACAGGCUGAAGCUCUUUCUGUUCCGUUGCAAUCCAUUGGUAAAAUCAACGAAAAGUAUGUCGAAUGUAAGACCGUAAGAAAUAUACGUCAAAGUUCGAGGUAA